AUGCCACAACAGAAAGCCUCUCGAGCGAAAGCUCCGCCGCCGCCGGCCGACUACAAGGCUAUCGCCGAGCAGUACGCGAAGGCGAAGCGCCAAAAAGAAAUGGAAGAGGCCAGCAGAUUGCCCGAGGAGAUACAGGCCGAGAAGGAGAGGGCAAUGCUGCUCGAGAAGCAACGCGCGGUCUUCGAGUCCCGGCGCAAGGACGCGUAUGAGCGCAGGUGGUGGUGGACCGUCGGGUUCUGGGCCUGGAUGCUGUGUCUGCACGCCGUUGGCAUUGCUUUCUUCACUAGCGGGUUUCUUUUGACGCGGCUGGUUCUGGAUGAGAAAUCCAAUUGCACGGCGUCGCCGAUCGAGCUCUCCUCGAGCUGGAAGGGCCAGGGCACGGUUGAAGGCGGCUGCUGGCACCCCAAGUCCUUCGACAAGGCUGUGGUUAUCGUCAUUGACGCUCUGCGAUACGACUUUACGGUCCCCAUUGAAGACCAGGCCCCCUUCCACAACGCACUCCCCUUCCUGCACGAGACCGCCGUCAAGUCUCCCGAGCACGCCUUCCUGCGCCCCUUUAUUGCCGAUCCGCCAACGACCACGCUCCAACGCUUGAAGGGGCUGACCACGGGUACACUGCCCACAUUCAUCGACGCCGGUAGCAAUUUUGCUGGUACUGCCAUCGAGGAGGAUAACUUGCUUAUGCAACUAAAGGAUGCCGGAAAGCGCAUUGCUCACCUCGGCGACGACACUUGGUGGUCCCUUUUCCCCGGCUAUUUCGAAGCCAACGUGAGCCGCGCAUAUGAUAGUUUCAACGUAUGGGAUCUGCACACGGUAGACAACGGUGUCAUCGAUCACAUUUUCCCUUUGCUCAAGCAAGAGCAAAAGGGCAAGUGGGACGUGCUUAUUGGUCACUUGCUUGGUGUUGACCAUGCCGGCCACCGAUAUGGGCCGGACCAUGCGGCAAUGAAGGAAAAGCUUCAACAGAUGGACGGCUUUAUUCGCGACCUUGUCGCGCAAAUCGAUGAUGAUACUCUUUUGGUCGUCAUGGGAGAUCAUGGCAUGGAUGCAAAGGGCGACCACGGCGGAGAGAGCGAUGACGAGGUUGAAGCGGCCCUGUGGAUGUAUUCCAGGCGCCCGUUCUUUGGUCGGACGAAGCCCGAGCUCAAGGAGCCGCCCACGAUGGCCAAGAUCAGGCCAGUCAACCAGAUUGAUCUCGUUCCGACCUUGGCAUUGUUGCUGGGCCUUCCCAUCCCUUACAACAACCUCGGACGCCCCAUCGAGGAGGCUUUCGCUGGCAAGAAGGGCAAAGCCUGGGACAACCUCGCGACUGUAUCACGUAUCACUGCCGCUGGCAUCCAGCGAUAUCAAGACUCGUACUUCGCUGCUCGUGGCAUCGACCAGUCCAAGAGCGCUACCGCUGGCCACGUGUCGCAUCUCUGGAAGAAAGCCGAACGCUCGUGGCAGUCGAAGUCAUGGCAAGAGUCCUACGGCUUCUUCAACUUGUUCCAGGAGGAGACUCUGCGCGUUUGCAAGGAUUUGUGGGCUCGCUUUGACGUGCCCAAGAUGGUAACGGGCAUUGUGGUUAUGGCAGUUGGCGUCCUCACGUUGCUUGUCUAUGCCUCCCGCGAUGCUGAUGAGGACUUUGCCGUUCUCGACGAUCUCGAGCUCGACUUAGCGGAGAAGAAGUUGGAGCUCCAAGGUGUCCAGGCUGACGCGGCCACUUCGUACAAGACACUCCAUAAGAAGGUUUUGCUUACUGCCAUCCUUGGCGCGGUUCCCGGAGCAGCAGUCGGUGCCGGAUACUCCAUCUUCACCGGGCCUCAAGAUCUCGUUUACGCUCUCGCUGGUGCCGCUGUCACCAGCGCAGUUGGUGUGCUGUUUUCUUUGUACGGCUUUGGCAAAACUUUCCGGAACCUCCUGCCCAACACCUUCUGGGGUUGGCUUGCUGCCGUCUUCACGGUUAGCCAGUCACUCGGUUUUGCUUCAAACUCCUACACCAUCUGGGAGGACUCAAUUCUCCUUUUCUUUAUCACGACUUUCGGCGUGGCCAACGUCUUCGCCGCAUUCUCCGUCCCAACAACGAGGGAGCGCACCCUCGCUAUCUACCACUCAGUUGUCUUUGUCGUUCUUGGUCGACUGGCAUCAUUUUCGAAGCUCUGCCGCGAGGAGCAGAUGCCCUAUUGCACAUCCACUUACUACGCUUCGGCUACUUCAUCGACAUCUGCCACGUGGCAGCUGGCCAUCCCAUUCGCCGUCGCCCUUAUCCUGCCUUCCAUCGUCCAGUCUUUCCUGUUACCCACGCGAUCCUGGGAGGGACUUGCCCCGGCGUGGAUUGGGUACGUCUACCGCAUCGGCCUCCUCAUGUCGGCCGCCUACUGGGUCCUCGAUGCCGCGGACAACGGCGAGUGGUUCCCAAGUUUGCCGGCCAAGACCCUCAAGACUGCCGGGGUGUAUCUGGCCCAAGUUAUUCUCGCCCUGGUCUUUGUUGCCGGAACCACUGCGUUCGUCUGGGCGCCGCCAUUGGUUUCUAUCCUGACGACCCCAACCAAGACUGGGACCACCCAGAUCACGGUCCUAGGCUACGGCAACACAAACGGAGCUAGAUACUUGCUUCUACCCAUGAACAUUGUUGGGGCUUGCAUCCUCCUCUCCAAGCCGAUGGGAGGGGGUGCGCUAGCCCUCAUGUUCUGGCAGAUCAUGUCGCUUGUGGAGAUGCUCGACCUCAACUCCCUCACGAACGAGGCCAUCGGCCCCAUCAUGCUUGCAAUCAUUGGCAACUUUGGCUACUUCAAGACGGGUCACCAGGCUGUCCUUAGCAGCAUCCAGUGGGACAGCGCCUUUAUUCCGCUCUUCUCCAUCCGGUACCCCUGGAGUCCCAUCGUCGUGGCCCUUAACACCUUUGGCAGCCAGAUUGUCGCGGUUGCUGCCGUCCCGCUCGUUGUACUCUGGAAGGUUGGCCCCAAGAGGAAGGGAAUUCUCGAGAGUGUCAGCAGAGGACUGGGCAUUUUCAUCGCCUAUUUUGCUGUCGAGUCGCUUGCGACCAUGGCUUGGGCUGGUUGGCUGAGGAGACAUCUCAUGCUCUAUAGGGUGUUCAGCCCUCGCUUUAUGAUGGCGGCGACUCUGCUCCUAAUUGUGGACCUGGUUGGUCUUGUGAUUACGCUUAUUGGUAUACGGUCCAACACGAUGGCUGUCAGUGAGGUCUUUGGUUGGGUUGAAUAA